AUGGAUCUUACAGCAUCGUCUAUCGCCAGCGCUAGCCAGCGGGUUAUAAAGAAAGAGGAAGACGAUUAUGAUGACGAAUGCGUUCUACCCUCUUCAAGCAAGCAUACAGCAAUGAAGGGUGGCCCGAAGCAGGCCAUCUGCAUCGAUUAUGAUGAUGACGACGACGACGGCGACGACGACGACGACGACGACGAGAGUAUUUCGGGGCCGUCUACCCAGCCCCAGAAAGCUCUAGGUAGUGACAGCCUAACUAUCGUCAAGGACGAAAGCGAUGAGGAUAAGAAGAGCUUCACGAUGAAAAGAUUGAAGUCUCAAAAUAAUCAGGCCGUUACAGUCGAAGAGUUCUGUGAUACGAUCGUUGCUAACCCGGAGCCCAAUGACGAAGAUACGGAUGAUGAGGACGGUCCAGAUUCCGCACAUGAAGAGGACUCAGAUUAUCACGAUUCAGACAAUUCAGAAGAUUCAGGCGACUCAGGCGACUCAGACGAUUCGGAAGCUCAAGAGAAGCAAGUCAAGUCGAAACAGGGUACUCGUGAUGCCUCAGCAGUCAAGAAGCUUAUCAGAAAAUGCGAAAUUCUAAGAAACGAUCUGUUCUACAGGCAGCAAAAAGGGGAAAAGUUGACCCCCAAGGAGCAGCAGAAAAUAGAGACACUUAACGCAAAGAUCACCAACGCGAAGAAAGCACUUGCUAUUGAUGCGAAGAACGCAAGAGAGUCCCCGGCUAAGACGGCUCGGGAGUACUGGCAGCGCUAUUUGAAACGGAAAGAGGAAAAAGAGGACAGAAAGCGCAAACGUGCUGGUGAUGAGACAACCGCGAACAAAUUUCAAAAGACAGCCAUUCAAGCUGGACCUUUUGGUGGAGUUGAGCACCCUUGUUUCUCGAGAGCAGCAGCCUUAUUUACCUCAAGCAGGCCAGAAGACAGCGAUGACGACAACACUAGACCGGCGAACAGGAUCAAGGCCACAACCCAUGAAGCUCAGAUAAAGCAGAUCAUGGCUGGUAUUCCUGAGGGAAACGACACUAGACACACGAAGACACAGAAGCGUGAUCUAAUCAAAGCUAAAAAGUGCUUCGGGUACAGAAUGAUCAAGGCUAUUGACGGGAAGUGGAAGCUCAAAGGGAUGGAAACCCCUUUGCACAACCAGCAGCUCGUGGGUGCUACCUGGAUGGCCAUGCGUGAAGCCAUGGGAUUACAUCCGGCUGGAGGUAUCCUAGCCGAUGAGAUGGGCCUAGGAAAGACGAUCACUGCUCUGGCAACAAUCAUUGGCCAUCCAGCAGAGCGAGAAGACAGAAUGGAGGGUUAUGGCAAGGCAACUCUGGUGAUUGCUGACAGUCCCCAUUCUGCCUCGAGGACGUGGAUGGAUCAAAUCAGUAAUCACACCUCGGAAAAGUUUGCCAACAAGUGCCUGGUCUACGCCAAGGAUAACAGGACCGCAAAGUGGUGGAGUACAAAGAAUGUGGUAAUCACCCACUUAAAUGCACUACGUGCACAGUUUCCCAGCAAGAAGGAAUACAAAAAGCUAAAGGCCCAAUGGGCAGGAGAUGAGGAUGGGUUUCAGCAAGCUCUCUCGAAGAAGCUCGGUCAACUCUUCAAAAUCAACUGGUAUCGAAUCAUUCUGGACGAGGCUCAUGGUAUCAAGAAUCAAUAUUCAAGUGUCUGGCGACUGAACGCCAAGUAUCGUUGGGCUCUGACUGGCACGCCCCUUGCCAACAGGCUGGAAGAGUUCUAUCCCUACUUAAAGUUCAUUGGUUGCAAAUUUGCAACUACAAUGAGAAGAUACCGGGCUGAGUACAUCAGGAGCGCAGCUGAAAAUUUCGAUCAAUUGGUGGCCCUUGUCAUGAUGAGACGCCAGCAGACUGAGAAAUUCCUGGGACACACCAUGGUACCCCUGCCAAAAAGCCAUCGCAGUGAUAUUUGGAUUCCGCUUUCAACCUGGGAGAAGAUCCAUUUGGAGGUCGUAGAUGGUGCAUACCAAGAAAAGCUUCUCAACGCCCAAAAUGACCACCAAGAGACUGUCGCAAACGAACAGCAGCAGGACGUCCAGGAGAGUGAAGAUUUACCCGACGACGAGAGUGAGGCCGAUUUCGAAGGUGACGAGAACAACGGCUCUAAGUCUCUAGACGCGUACAGAAUUCAGAGCCUGAGAUGCAUGAGGAUUCUGCAACUGACGUCUCACCCUCUCAACCUCGAAAAGUUCUAUCGAGAGGAAGACCAUGAGGCAUACAUUGACCUGACCCUCAAGAGACUGAAAUCAGAAAUCACUCAGUCGAGCAUUGAUGCAGACCAGAAGGCGCUGGUAGUGUCUCUGAAACCAGCCUAUUCUUCAGGGCUUCGACAGUUGGAGCUGGCAAUCAAGGACAAGUUUGGGGGUAGCAAGGAGAUGGCAGAGCUACUAGCCCUUUCAGCUAACGAAAAUACGGUCAAGGAUAUCACCUGUGCUUUCUGUCGCAAGAGAACCCCUCCUGCGAACCCCGUUCAGAGUUCGAACUGCGAGCAUAUCUACUGCAGAGACUGCAUUUCCAUUGCAACCAGUGGCGUAACCAAAGCCGGCCGCCCUCGUGUGCCUGUUCAAUGUCGGGCAUUGGGGUGCUCCCCCAAACUUGGAAUGGGACAUGAAAUCAAGACUCCGGCUUGUAUAGACGCGGCUGUGAAAGCUAUCAAGGGUUUCAAGGAACCUGGACGCGAUAGCAUUGGGACAAGAUGGACUGGGGGCCCAAAGGACAAGGCCUCGUUCUUUCGCGCCGUUUGUGGCCGCGAUGACAUCGACUAUGGUCCUGUAAAGAUGCCUCUGAGUUCCAAAGUCAAAGCCACUUUGGCAGUGAUGCUGACUUGGAUGAAAGAGGCCCCCGAUGACAAGACCAUCAUUUAUGUGCAGUGGACUAGAACUGCAAAGUCCCUUGGCUGUGUCCUCGAAAGUAUGGGAAUCAACUUCCUUUACUACAACAGAAUGGCGAACAAAAAACAAAAAGCUAGAGCAUUGGAUGAGUUCGCCAGUAACCCUGAAACCAAGAUUCUUGUGUCGUCAAUGAAGUGCGGUGGGCAAUCCCUGAAUCUCCAGAUGGCCAACCGCGUCAUCAUCGUUGACGAAUGGUGGAAUAAAGCCGUCGAGGAACAAGCGUUCAAAAGAGUCUACAGAACUGGCCAGUUGAAAGAGACCCACCUUGUUCGCAUUAUGGCGAAAGAUACCAUUGAUGAACGCGUCAUCAUGCUACAAGAUGCAAAGGAAGAGGUCAUCAGGGCCGCACUGCAGGAUGGGGAGAUGCAGCCACACUUCUCCAACUAUCUUCAGUACCAAAUGCUAUUCUCUGGAAAGGACAAGCAGACUCUGAUCGCCGAGAUGGAGAAGGAGACCCGUGCCAAACAGGCCAAGCAGUGAUUUUGACUGAGGAGAAACUGAAAAUGGGUGACGUUCCGGGAGAUAUUUUUGGUAAAGAAUAUUGCUGGCGAUCUAUGGAUGGCGCUUUGGGAUUGAGGACGGAGAUACUGCACGAAGAUUCAUGAUGCAGAUUGAGCAGAUAGGCCAUAUUCCCCAAUACCCCAGCUAGUACUCGACAACAGAUUGAUG